AUGAGUGCUCACUUGGCUGGGCCCCCUUACCAGCCUUACCCAAGUGGGACUGGCAUGGGCUACGGGGAGUUUUACUGGAACUCAGCAGGGGGUACAGAACAUGCUCUGUCAUGCCCAGGAAGGGGAGCAGAAGCAGCUGGUGAUGCUCAGUUUCCGGUGGAGGAAAGCCAGAACUCAGAUCUCUCCCCUGCUUCCUCCAGCUCUGGGAAUUUCAGCCACUUCACACCAGAUUCGGCCACCAGCCCCCAAACAGAAUCCUCGUCCCCCCAGCCUGCGUCCAAGCCUCAGAAGAAUGGGAAGGAAAGUGAGGGAGGGAUGAAGAAGGCCAAGAUCCGGACAGCCUUCUCCAAGGAGCAGCUGCAAACCCUGCACCAGCGGUUCCAGAGCCAGAAAUACCUUAGCCCCCAGCAGAUCCGGGAGCUGGCUGCAGUUCUGGGGCUCACUUACAAGCAGGUGAAGACCUGGUUCCAGAACAGAAGGAUGAAGUUGAAGAGAUGCCAGAAGUACAACCUGUGGUCGGAGCGGGCUCAGUGCCUCACACAGACUGGGUUCCAGCCCAGCGGGUACCUGGAAGUGCACCCCAAAUUCCACCAGAGCUAUCCGAUCAGCGCAGCUGGAAACAUCCAAGCUGUGGGCAACCCCCGUCAGAACUACUCAGCAGGGCAGACCCCAUACGCAUUCAUAGCCAAUGAGGAGGGGGGGGUCUUCGGCAAAGGUGGGGCCACCUGUAGCGUCCAACAGACAGUGGGAUUCAUUGCCCAGCACAAAGUAGACUUUUAUCAUGGCUUUCCUGGGACCAUGGAAUACACUGGCGCAAAGACAGGAGAUGGCUAUAGCUUCCACCAUGCCUCAGCCACUGUGGCACCUUUUCCGGGCACUGCUGGCCACCAUCUGUACCACCCCUAAGCAGGGUUAAUGCAGAGGGCCCAAAGCAAUCGUUACUGAAUGUCUUCCUUUCCCUGCAUCUCUCACGCUGUCUCCUACUUGGGGU